UUUUUUUAAAAUAAUUUAGAUACCUCCUGCCCCACCAAGACCUGAUUUUGAUGCAUCAAGAGAGAAACUUCAAAAACUUGGAGAAGGGGAAGGAAAUAUGACUAAAGAAGAAUUUAGUAAAAUGAAACAAGAAUUGGAAGCAGAGUAUUUGGCUACUUUCAAGAAAACAGUUGCAAUGCAUGAAGUAUUUCUUCAAAGAUUAGCUAUUCAUCCAAUGUUCCGACAUGACCAUAAUUUUAAAGUAUUUCUUGAAUAUGAUCAAGAUUUGUGUGUUCGUGGAAAGAACAAAAAAGAAAAAUUAGCUGGACUCUUUAGCAAUAUUAGCAAAUCAGCAGAUGAUCUGUUGUUGUCCAAUACACAAAAAGUAAGUAUACAUUAUUUGUAAAGAAUAAAUCAAAAA